UCUGCCUCUCGAUCGGACAGCUCCCGAAUCCACUGGGAGUCUGCGAGGCCCUGCAGCUGCAGCUGCUGCGGGCGUCGUCACGCACGCAAGCGGACAAGCAUCCGCGUGUGCUUAUAAGCAGACCCUCCUCUCCCGUCCCCCAAAAUUCCAUUCCUCCGUUUCUCCUAGCUAUAGCCACUACCUCUCUGCUACCUCGCUGCCUCCUUCGAUUCGAUCCAGGGUGCGAGCUCUGGUUAGUAGUCUCCCCGCAGGCUCGUGGCGUAGCAGCAGAUUCGUUGGGAGGUGGAUUAGCAGAGCUAGGGUUUUGUAGUCACAGUACGUUCCUCCUAGAUCGAGCUCGCUUAUUAUUGGUAUAGCGUCUGCCGUGCGGUCCAAUGAUCAAGGCGAACCCGGACAGCAUGCUGCCGCCGGGAUUCCGGUUCCACCCGACGGACGAGGAGCUGAUCGUCAACUACCUCCGCAACCGCGCCGCCAACACGCCGUGCCCGGUCGCCAUCAUCGCCGACGUUGACAUCUACAAGUUGGAUCCUUGGGACCUGCCAUCCAGGGCUGCGUACGGGGACAAGGAGUGGUACUUCUUCAGCCCGCGCGACCGCAAGUACCCAAACGGGGUCCGGCCGAACCGCGCGGCAGGAUCGGGUUACUGGAAGGCCACCGGCACCGACAAGCCCAUCCACGGCAGCGCCACCGGCGGGAGCGUCGUCGGCGUCAAGAAGGCGCUCGUCUUCUACAAGGGCCGCCCACCCAAGGGCGCCAAGACCAACUGGAUCAUGCACGAAUACCGCCUCGCCGCCGCCGACGCACACGCCGCCCACUCCUACUACCGCUCCAUGAAGUCCCGUAACGCCUCCAUGAGGCUGGACGACUGGGUUCUGUGCCGGAUCUACAAGAAGGCCAGCCACGUGCCGCCGAUGGCGGUGCCGCCGCUCUCCGACCACGAGCAGGACGAGCCCUGCGGAUUCGACGAGAACCCGUACGGCGCGACGACGAGCGCCGCCGUGCUCCUGCAGGGCGCGUCGUGCCCGGCGCUGCAGGCCGCGGCCGGCGUGCAGAGGAUGCCCAGGAUCCCGUCCCUCACGGAGCUGUUCAGUGACCCCUAGCUGGCGCACUUGUUCGAGGAGGUGUUGAAUAAUUAGAUAAAUUCCAAAUUAAAUUCUAAAUAUAAAUCAUCACAAAUCAGACGAACUGAAAUAAAAAGCCAAAUCAAAUAAUGUGUAC